GGGGGGGGGGAAGGCUGUUGGGAUUCCGCCUUCUUGUCCGUCUUGUUAGGUCUGGGGCCGCGGGGCGGGCGUAGGCCCUCGGACCGGGGCUGACAGUUGUGUCCGCCGUCCGUCCGUCCGUCUCCCCCCGGCUUGGAGAGGGGCACCUGCGAGCAAAGGCCAGGGCGAGCAGGUCCCUACGGGAUCUGGGUUGCGGUGGGAUUUGCUGCAGGGUGAGGCACGGCAGGAGCAUCUCACGGGGGGCUCGGUGGUCGUUGUGGGUUUAUCACCCAGCUCCCACCGAAAUCCCAAACACACUGUGAUUCUGAGUAUUUACAGGCUGCCUGUGGGUCUAGUGGUCGUGCUGAUAUCACCUAAAUCAUGCAUAAAAUGAGCUGGCAUUCAAACACUUAAGUAUUAUCUGGCUUUUCCCUCCCCACAAACCUCUGGUUUUGAACUAUGGUCUGUUGGGGAAGUUUCAGCUAACUUGAGGCACUUACUACUGGGUUGUUCAGUUAAUUAUGCUAAUGUUGUUAAUAAUACAUGUUAAUGUUGCUUGUCUGCAUUCCAGACUGUUCUUGCAUUUUUGGAAUUUGUUUUCUGUUGGAAAGUGGUUUAAUAUUCAGAAACUGAUUGCAAAGUCUUAUUUUGAGGUAUGAUCCUGAAAGCCCUUUUCUGUGAUCCUUUACUGGAUUAAGUUUUCGUAGUUUUAUGUCCUGGAUCUGUAUUUGAGAUUAUGAAUUGCACCCAAACCCAUAGGAAGUGGUGGAAAACCAAGUGAGGGAAAAGCAGGCGCGUAGGAUAACAACUGCACACUGCUGCUGAAGUACAAGUUUCAUAAGGAAGAAAACAGGUUUUGCUUCUUGUAUUUUUCUCUUUCCUCUUUCUUGCCUUCCUACUUUGCCCUCUUCAGCUUUUGCUUCAGUGCAUUACUUUGUACUAGUACAGAUUUUUCAGGCCGAUUUUUAAUCUUAAACACCUCAAGUAUUUAUUUUUUUUUUGUCUGUCUGUCUACCUGUCUUUGGGAAGACAAAGUCGUACUGCAGUGGAAGUGAGUUCUCUAUGGUUUAGAAGUUACAUAUGUGGAUGACUUAAAAAUUCAUUUAAUUUUUUUCUCCUUGUUCCAGAUGAAAAAGAAGAGUUCAUGGUUUCUGGUGUGCAUAAUAGCAGAGGCUGAGUAGGCAUAAAGGAGACUAUAGCGUGGGUGAGAAGUAUUGAGCCCCUUGGAAGGCUUUGCUCUGUAAAAAAGAAGAAAUGAAUCCUACAAAUUAUGAUGGGACCAUUUUUGACUGGGACUAUCUCUUAUGGGAAGUUCGUUUGAUGUUUUUAGCUGCUGGUUUUUUAAUCUACUUGGGAGUUUUUCUUCUGUCUCACUGGUUGUCUUCAUGGACGAGUACCACUUACCGUGCCUUGUAUGCAAAGGAGAAGGUGUUCUGGAACAUGGCGGUCACACGUGGUGUGUUUGGACUUCAGAGUUGUGUUGCUGGGUUAUGGGCUUUGCUCAUAGAUCCUGUUUUUCAUGCUGACAAAGUGUAUUCACAGCAGAAGUGGAGUUGGUUUAACUGCUUAAUAGCUGCUGGAUUUUUCUUGCUUGAAAAUGUAGCUGUUCACAUGUCUAACAUUAUUUUUAGAACAUUUGAUGUGUUCUUGGUAGUUCAUCACUUGCUUGCUUUUGGUGGCUUGGCUGGUCUAGUCAUUAAUGUGGAAUCUGGACAUUAUCUGCCUUUAAUGGGAAUGUUGCUGGAGAUGAGUACUCCCUCAACGUGCAUUUCCUGGAUGCUUCUAAAGGCUGGCUGUGCUAAUACCUUUUUCUGGAAGGCGAACCAGUGGGUGAUGAUCCACCUGUUUCACUGCCGCAUGAUUCUUACUUACCACAUGUGGUGGGUGUGUAUCUUCAACUGGAAUUCUGUGAUGGAAAAUCUGGGACUUACUCAUUUUAUUGUUUUAUUCUCGGGAUUAUUUGCCGUUACACUAAUACUUAACCCAUACUGGACAUAUAAAAAAACUCAUCAGCUCCUCAGCCCAACUGACUGGAACUUUGAAAAUAAGGCAGUGGAAAAUGGAAAAUUAAAUGGUGAAACACAUCAAAAGAAGAGGAUAUAACACUGAAACACCUGUUUCCUAGUAGGGUAGUGGAAGAAUAUGAUGCCAAGUAGUUCUUUGCCCAUGAACUAGAAGCUUUUGCAAGAAGCUCAGUAACACAGUGAUUCCUUGCCUGUAGUAUUCUAUAUGCAUCAGAAGUAUUUAAAAGCAUUGUUUGUGUUUCAUAUGUACAUACACAUAAGAACUUCAACUUCUUAGUUAUGAAUUACACCAACAGUUUUGUCAGGUUGGGCAGUAUUUAAUGAUUUAGUAGUGACAUGCUCUAAUGGUAUCCUUUGUCCUAAUGCUUCAAAGUGGCUUUACAGUUAAUUUGCCGAUUAAGCUCAGCUUGAAUCAAGUUUAGCUUGAAUCCUAUUUCACAGAUGUCAGAGAUACUGGUACUGGAUAUCAUGUUAAGUUGUUUAUUAAGAUCAAUUAUGACCCAAGUUAGGUAUGCAUGGGUACUUCGUUCCUGUGUGCCAUUAAAUCAUUCCAAGUGGCUGAAUUGGUCAGUGGUAGAAUACAGUCAUGGCUGGGUUUGGGGGUUUUUUUGGUUGGGGUUUUUUUUGGGUUUUUUUUUCCUUUUAAGUGCACUUGAGGAAAAUAAUUAUUCUGAGUGUUCACCGUCAAAGUGAGUUGUAGUUUCCAGGUUGCCCUCAGUAUGGGCGGUGUUCAUAUCCACCACAAACAUACAUGUGGGGAUGCCUGCACUCGUUACACUGCUGGUCUAGCUAGGUGAUCAUAGUGGUCCCUUCGGACUUUAAAUCAGUGAAAUACAAGAGGCAAUGACAGAGCGUUUGAUUCUGCUUCAUUCUUGAAAAGAUAGCUGGUGGAUUGGUAAAAUUAUUUUCUGUGUAGGUCCCACAUGAGCGGUCAUGCAAUUAGUUCCACUAGUGUUCCUGUUAUGGUUCCUCUUAUUUUUGGAUAUUAGAGGGUUUUAGAAUCUGAGGUGACUCAUCUGUGGAGGAAAGUCCAUAUCGCCUCCUUUAGGAGUUCAGUUCUUUUAGUAUUUUUAUUUUACUUCAAAGAAAGUACAAAGUGACGCUAACAAUCCUUUGCACUUCAUCUGCCACAUCACUAAAUCUUUCCUUGACCUAAGGAGUAGCGUUGCUUUUUUAGUCAGCGGCUUAGCAAAUUUUGGUAGAUGUUCUCCCACUUAUAGUAUUGGUCUGAUGGCUCCUGCGUGAAGUGUUGGACAGCGGGUGAAGGUAUAAAGAUCACUAUAGAAAAGAGUGACGCCUAGUGGCAGGAGAAUGACAACGAUAUUAAUUAGUUUUGGUGCACUGAACUAGCAAGAUAAAAAGCCCAUUAUUUGAAACUUUGUCAUGCAGUGUGACAUGACUGCUACACAGAUUUAUUUUCCAAAGUAAUAAGACUGGGCAAGCCCAAGCUGUGAAGAAUUUUAGGUCAAGGCAUGUGUUAGAGGCUUUAUGUACUGACCUUGGUGGAGCAUAUUGUUUUAAACCUGUAAAGGAAGCACUGUUUGGUGUAAACAACCCCAUUUUAUUAAUUUUUUGGUGGGAAUGUCUUUGAUUUUGUUCUUAGUGAAGGGAGGAAGCUGGUGGUCAGGUUGCUGUGUUCCCUAAUUCACUCUGUGUGAGCACAGAGUUGAAGAGCUGCUCUGUAAGGGAGAGGAAACCUUUUACUGUUAGGUCACAAACAUAGAGCCAGAUCUUGUCGAUAGUGAUGUAGUGGUGAAUAUCUGAAAUUGCCCCUUCAAAACUAGGCUGAGAGGGUCAUAGUAGUUUUACACAGCAACCCUAUCUAUUGCCCUGCUGGUAUUCAGUAGAGAAAAUCUAAAUUUUGUGCUACCUUCUGAUUUCUGAGCAGCCCAGAAUGAGGUUGCAGUGUUCGGCAGUGUGGCCUGUCUGGACACCAUCCUAUAGAAAAAAAGGUUCUCUGAAAGCUGGAAAUUUUAUACUUCUCCUGAGGGGUUGUGUGAGAGCGAGUAGUGUUAAAAGUACUUUAGAAGAAAGCAGAGGGAUGAAUUCCUCAGAAACAGAGCCCAAAUAUGUGAUCCAAAUACACAUCUCGCAGAAUCCAAACCUCGCUUUGCAGGAGUUCCAGGGGGGAAGGCAGAGGAUAAGUCACCAGAUAUCAAAAUGAUGGUGUGCUCUAUGCAGCUUAAAACAUAAAGGUUUGGAUUCGAUAAAAUGAGGCAAUAAUUAUAAAACUCCCAGCUACAGAAUGCUGAAGAAUCCUAAAGGAAAAUGGAAGCAUCAGAAGAGAAAUAAAUUUGGGCCAAGUGUGUAAUUCUUCUAGUGGCUGGCUAAAGGAGGCGAAGUUUCUAUGUGCUAAAACAAAAGAAUAUGGAGAGUUGGGGUUAGUAGUGAAUUUGGGGCUGAAAAAAGAGAUUAGUUGUGGUCCAAGCAGAGAGGUGGAUAGUUAUGUCAGUGGCACCAGACUUCUAAAGUUUAAUAUUUUGUAUUAUUAAUUUGUGUAAUGUUAUUAAGUGGAUUUAAAAUCCUUCAUUAAAAUGGGUUUUUUAUUAUAAUAAGGUAAUCUUUUUAGUAUGCAUCUCAGUGUGAGUUUUUUCAUGCAGACUGUUAUGGCAUAUCUCAAAUCUUUUGCAUGUCUGAACUAUAUAAUUAAUAAUACCUAAGAGCACCUGUUAAACACUGCUACACGUGCUAGAACAAGAGAGCUAUGCAAUGAAGCAAAUAACAGCACUCAUUUUAUUUCUGUUGGUUUGGCGGGCGAUGGGAUGCUUACAGCCCAGCUAGAAAUAUAACGGGACAUAAAAAUACAGACAACCUUUCUUCUUCAUCUUGAUGGCCUAGAGUUGGAGUUACCAGUUCUGUCAUGCAGACCUUUUUUGUUUUUUGGUUUUUUUUUUAAAUACCUGAAUGUUUUCUUCACUGCCUUCUGGCUGCUCCCUCCAAGUGGAUUUUCUGGUUUCUGACUGUCUCAUUGUUCUGAAACAAGACCGAAAAAGUUCUAUAACCGAGGGUUUUGGUAUCUACUUACUCUUACAAUGAAGUGCUGCUUUUCAACCCAAAGGUAGACUAGUCACAGUUUGUUUAUAAAUUUUGUUAAUGCAAAACUAAUCCCAGUCCUGUUGGGCCUCUCAGAUCUGCAACCCAGUGUAGCAAAAUUCACAGUCAGCUUCAGAAGUGGCUGGAUUGGGUCACAGGGUGUGCUGCUGCCAUGAAUGGGAAAAUUCUUGCAUACUGUAUUUUUGGGUGAAUUUUUUUGUUUGCCUAGGUGACUCUUGGAGACUUCAUCCUGCUUUCUUGUUGGACAAGCUUACUCAGGGAGUGCUGGUUUUGUCACCUUUCUGGCUGAAGCUGUCUGAAAAAGAAACCAAACAAGCCCAAAACAAACAACAAACUAUGAUGGAGUACUGGUCACAGUCGUGCAGCAGACACAUCACCACGCUGAUGUCUUUGUCUAAAGGUUUUCAGCACGUACUGUUGGGCCCUUCUUCCACUAAAUACCCAUGUCCAAAUCUUUCAGGUUUUUUUGCUUUUUCCUGAUAACACUGAUUAAAUACUGAUGUCGUGUACAGUUAUGAGACACCUUUCUUAACCUCAGGGAGACUCCCACUUAAAGUGGAUUUAGAAGUGUUAAGCAAAUUCAAGCCUGCUCUUGUACAACAUAAUGUCUGUUGAAUGGUACGGCGUCUUUAC